CACGCCUGCCUCGCAUCCACGGCGGGCGGAGCGGAGCGGAGGGGAGGCAGCCCGGGCUGGAGGUCGCCGCGGAGACUGAAAACCCCUCAUUAAGUUCACAAUAGGGAACAGAGACGCGCUCUCUCCGUCCUUCUGCGCCACAAUGGCCGAGUGUUUUUCGGAGACCGGCCACGCAGCCCGGUAGGGCUUCAUGGUUGGGUUUUGUUCUUGUGUUUGUUUGUUUUCCCCCCCGGUGCAGCUGAACUAACCACAACCGUCCAAUGGCAGAGUGACACUCGGGGACUCGAACAAGUGACCCGCCUCACGGCCGCUAAGUGCGUCUGUUCCAGAGAGACGCAGCCUGGGAGAGAGACGCGCGUUACCACGGACACCACGCGGGGCUUCUCUCCCCCCCCCCUGCGCCUGACGUCGAAGAGGGCAACAAGCGCCGCGGCCGUUUCCCCCGCGGGGCGGCGAUGAGAAGUGGACCGACCGGUCUGUUCUCUCCAUCCGCGUCCAGGCUGCGCGGAACAAAGUGAGCUCUCUGUCACACGACCUGCGCAGCGAGGUAGACCCGGGCGGGGGGGCUGCAUGUCGUAACGUUGUCCGGCCGAGAGUCCAGCUUCCUCCCGCGAACAGACCAUCAUGAGGACCAGCGAGGAGACGGAGGGCUUUGACGCCGAGGCCUCCAACACGUCCAUGAUCUCCGGGGCCAGCAGUCCGUACCAGCCCACCACCGAGCCCGUGCUCGCGAGGAACGUCUUCGGGGGGAUCCGGUGCGACGUGGACUACCUCAGGUCCUACUUCGGGAUCCUCAAGGCGGUGGAGGUGGUCCUAUCACUCAUUGGAUUCAUCUGCAUAGAGACUAUCAUGAUGUGUUCUCCCUGUGGAGGGGUCUACUUCUUUGAGUUUGUCAGCUGCAGUGCCUUCGUGGUGACGGGAGUCCUCCUCCUGAUCUUCAGUCUCAACCUGCACACCAAGGUGCCGCACGUCAACUGGAGCCUCACGGACCUGGUGAACACGGCUGCCAGCACCUUCUUCUUCUUCUUGUCGUCCCUCGUGCUCGCCUGCAUGAACCAUAACUCUGGAGCUGAAAUAGCAGCAGUGAUCUUUGGCUUCCUGGUGACAGGUGUGUAUGGAGUAAACACCUUCCUGGCGGUACGGAGGUGGCGCCUCGGCAACGGGUGUCAGAGGGCGCCCCAGACCAGCGAGUACAUGCGAGCACGCACGGCAUCUCGUGGAGAAAUGGAGGCGCGACCCGAGCUUGCAUGAGCGCUGACUAACGGUCAGAAAGACUUAAGGGGAAGAAGCCACACCAGCGGAGGGCAACUGAGACGGGACACUACUCUGCCUUCAGAACUCGGCCAUCUCAAGCUCCACCACGUGCUUUUUUUCGUAGCUCCAGAUGAAUCUCGGUGGCUUUGUUUAUCAAGGCGACCCGGCUGCCGUCACACAGCAAGACUCUUGAGAGUUGAAGGUAAUCUGUGUAAAAACGUUUUAUCCACUUACCUUUAAAAAAAACAGUGUGAAGGACGACUUCCACAAAGAGCCAAGAAAUGUUGACUCCACUCCAGCUGUGCAUCAGCUCCUGCUCUGACCAAGGCGUUGACUUUUCAUUUUUAGAAAGUUCUGUGUUUCACUGUGAAUGAAGUCAAGUAAGAGAAGGUCAACCUUUGUAUAGUUUGCUUUUAUCACGCUGCUGUCUGUAAAGUCCGUGGUAAUGAAUGUGACCAUGGAUCCAGGAAGCCACUGUUCCAGGAACACACAGUAACCGGCAGGAAACAGAGGCACCGUGACUUUACCGAUUUAUUCCUUAGAUAUGUUUUUGCUUUGACCAGUGAGCAAGGCUGACUGGAUAUUUCAAUCUAAAGAUUACACAACAUGACUGACUUUGCAAAUGCCUUUAACCUGACCUUCAGUGACCUUUAGCCACAAUUGAGAUCUUUGCCAUCAUUAAAUAUACAGUAACAGUACAGGCUCAUUCUUUUACUGCAAUAAAGACAGGAAGUACAACUAAAGGUCAAAAUAUCUGAAAUGAGUUUAACAGAUUUACUUAUUCGCAACAUGCAAACUAUGGGUUUGACACUAUAAUGAGACCAAAGUAAAAAUGUAUAAUAUUUAAUGCCAUGAUUUUUAUCCAUGGUUGUGUGACUAAUCCAAAAGAUAUCUUCCCGAGCAUUCCAAAAAGAAAAAAGAAACAAUUUUGAGGUCUGUGUGACUUCAACACUGUAAGCCAGGGGUAGAUUAUUUCAAGCGCUGAUGAGUAGAGCCCGAUCGAUAACAUUUCAAUACCGAUAUAUCGACCGAUAUACAAAAAAAAAGAAAUAUAUAUAUAUAUAUAUGUCGUCAUCAAACCCUUAUGACAAAGAAAUAAAAAUGAGGCUUGAUAUAUUACAGUUUAACCAAAAACUUUGUUAUAAAUAACUAUAGAUGAAAAGAAAACUCUAAUAAAAUGAAAAUAUAUACAACUUGUAUAAAGAAUAUUUUUUUUACAUAAAAUGUAAACAUUCUGUAAAAGAAUAAGAAUUAUCAGCUGAUGUUAUCGGCCAAGGGAUAUAUCGGUCGGGCUCUAAUGAAAAGUUAAUUGGUAUCUUGUUACUUCUGCACUUAUUAAAGUCUUCAGGUAACUCGUGUAUUGAUCAUCAGCAGGUGCCCUGGUCAAGGUCAAUAACCCCGAGCCGAUACUGUGCCUCAUGUAUUGACUCCUUCGUUCUUUGAUUCUUACGAAACAUUUGAAAUGAAAUCACAGGGUGCCUCAACCUGAACACUGUUAUUUUCCUGAUGCCUUCUUAAUUCUGACACUUAAAGUGAAAAUUUAUUUUAGAAAAAAAAGCAAAAGUCAAGUGAAGGUGGAGACAUUGGGAUGGAAAUAUGGUUCAUUUAGCGACAUUAAACUCUGCUUUUGGUUUAAUUUAAUGUCUGUGUGUGCAUCUACAGUAUAUUAUCACAUUGCAUGUAUUAUUAAAUGUCUUAUCAUUCCACAUUGCCGCUCAUACACACAGAGAUUACAAAACAGACGCCUUUAAUUUUUUCCUGUUUUCCAGUGUAGUCGACAAGCAAAGAUGUUUUAUCUAAAUAAUCACAUCAUUUUUGCUUUUUUUCGGAUGAGGAAUGAAAAAGUCCAUUUAAUUUUUGUUGUGUGACAUCGUACUGAUGUACUGAAUCAACACUACACUUACAAGUGUUGUCUUUGUUGUAGUUGAUGUCUUUUUGUAUAUUAGGUUGGGUGAGUUUGUGAAGGGUCUGAACUGACUGUAUGGCUCCAUCUUCUGGUCUUCAUCCAAAAUACAUUCUUUUGGACUGAAGUGUAGUUGCACACACCCAGGUAACGACAACAGUGUGUGUGUGUGUGUGUGUGUGUGUGUGUGUGUGUGUGUGUGUGUGUGUGUGUGUGUGUGUGUGUGUGUGUGUGUGUGUGUGUGUGUGUGUGUGUGUGUGUGUGUGUGUGUGUGUGUGUGUGUGUGUGUGUGUGUGUGUGUGUGUGUGUGUGUGUGUGUGUAAAGAACCAGAAGUGUAUUUGACUUUGGGUUAAAAUGAAAAAUAAAAACUGUAAUAGCCUCAGAGGUUUUCACACCGUACAGUAUGUUUGAAUAAUCAGUCUUAUCUCAUGUUUUUCUCAUGUUCCACUGCUUUUUUCUUGGUUUAGAGACUGAAAUAAUCGUAUGUAAAGACAAUCACAUUUGUAUUUAUAUCCAUCACUUGACAUUGAUGGGUUUGUUUUCGAGUGAUACUUUAACAAUCUUCACUUAAACACUUGUACAGCAACGAAAUCUGGCAAAUGCAUUAUGUUAUUUGAAAGUGUAACCUGGCCGUCAUAUUUUUUUGAAAACUUUCAAGCCACAGCUUUUUCUCUCUGUGCAACUUUGUGCUACAGCAUGUUAUGAAGACUUUGUAUUUAUGAGAACGAAAUAGGGAGAAGCUUCACAGUAGUUUUUCCGGGUUUGAGAUGUAAACCGUUCACGUGAUCAGUCAAGACUGUUUGAAUGAAAGUAGAGGUGAGAUGCUCGUCUUUUUCCUUUUCGAUCCAGUGUGCUUUGUGAAUGGAUACAGCAAAAUCUGUGUUGUACAGCAUGGAACUGUAUUUUUGUAUUUAAAACAUUCUCAGUGUGGCUUCACGUCAGUUUAUAGCGACAAUUUAAAUAAAGUAAUUUGGACAUUGUUGAAACUA